UCAUCUGGAGGUCAGCCACCAUCUGGAGGUCAGCUUCUAUUUGGAGGUCAGCCUCAGUCAUCUGGAGGUCAGCAACCAUCUGUAGGAGGUAAACAGUCAUCAUUUGAAGGGAAUAGUUCACAACAGAAAACAACAGUAACUACACAACCAGGGAGAGUUGAAAUUCCCGUUGUUUUUAUGGGAAAAGAUGAUAACACAAAUGUGCAGAAUAAAUCAAAUGAGGACAAAGGAGAUUCUUCAUCUUUCAAAGAAGAAAACCAAAAACUCAGCUAUGCAGCAGCAGCUGCAUCAAAUCGACCAGUUACAAGGAGUUUAACAAGGACUGCCACAGUUGAAGUGCAUUUCCAUGUCUUGGUGUCAAAAGACCUUGUAAAAAAUCCCAAUGGAGAUUCUGUUUUCAUCUCAUUUCAAGACACAUUUUCUGGCCAAUGGGAUUUACUACGUUACAGAAUGCACCCUAAGGACAUCACAGAAACUAACUAUGUCUACUAUGAAGUUGCCAUUCAUGUACCAAGGAAAGUAGCCCAUCAGACAUUGUAUUAUAACUACUCUGUGUUGCCAGAUGGACUCCAGAGCUGGGAGUGUUUUGAAUUUGUCUAUGAUCACAGAUACAAUUACAGAGCUGCAAGGCAAUUAGUCAUUCCUACAAAUACAGAAUCUUACAAUCGGUUCGAUGGAAUUGUUGUUGGAAUUCCGGAUGAAAGCAGGUACUACAGGUUUCUCAUUGGCACUUUCAAAAGUGAUAAGUAUGAAGAGGAUUUAAACCAUGACAUGGUUUUUGCACUGAAGUAUUUUUUUCCAAAGUGGAAAGGAUUCAUGUUAGGGAAAAACUUGCCCAGUCUUACAUGCAAAGAGGCUGUGGAUUGUGUGGAAAUGAUUCACAGAGGUUUCUGGCUAAACUAUGGAGAACGCUUUAAAAUGUGGAGACAGGAUUAUAUGAAAUUUAAAAGACAUAUUGGCAUGGCCUUCUGGGAUAUGCUGAUGCCAAAAGUUGAAGAGUUUGUGAAAGAAAGAGAGAAAGAUCCAGUUUCAGCAAUGGCCAUUCUGUACAUCAUUGACCGUUUUUCUCUGGACAUAAAACCUGGUGCAUAUUCCCCAUUAUUUGAAGCACUGGUUCAAAAUGACAUAGAUUACAAAGAGGUCAUCAGUAAUUUUGAUGAAAAAAUGUUGAUUCAAUCAAUUGAAAGGCUUGUUGAUAAAUACAAGGAUGCAGACAAUCCAGUCUGGCUUUGUUGUGUACCAUUGUAUCAUUUUGUGACCAAAAAGAUACAUAAACCCUUUGAAAGACUUCAACUUGCAAAGAACCACUCAGCAGAAGUUCCUAAAUGGUGGGGGAUAGAUGGAAUUGAUGGAGCUUUUAAUGUUGUGAAGAAGAAAAGAUGGAAUGCCAAGGCCAUAUUAAGCUGUCUGUGUCCACUUUUUUCCAUGGAUUAUUUGCUGCCGAGAUCAUUUGUGGCAGCAUUGGAUUAUGACCAAUUAAAAGAUGUGGUGCCUUCAGAACUAAUUCCUGUGGAAGUGACGUUAGCAGCAAUUUAUUUUUUUACUAAGUCACAUAGAGUAUCAACAUACAAAGAUGAGGUUUUAAAGGUUUGUUAUGAUACUACUGAAAGACAAAUUAAACAACAGUAUGCAGAGAAUGCUGAAGUGACUGAGGACAUGUUAAACCAUGCAUGGAUGUCUUACCACAUUGCUGCUGAUCUUUUUGAAGCUGUUCUAUACGAGUUCAAAUACAAAAACGGGUUAUGUGUCAGAACAUUCUCAAUCUUUGCUUUGGCUGUAACAUUGUUCGAUUUUCUCAUUCAUAAAAGAGGGAGUGGGGAAGGAAUAAGUACACAACACAAAAGUCUGACUUCCCAUCUAACAGUGCUUCAUAAGCAAAGAGAUGCCUUGAUUCAUUGGUUGAAGCAACAAGCGAUUUAUGCAGACACCAAGAAUUAUUUCAGGACUUGGUCCUGGGUUUUCAAAAUUGAUCUCAAGGAUGGAGAAAUCAAAACUUUAAUAUUUUCUGAAGUGAAGCGUGCUCUUAAACAUGACCUUUCCAUAAGACCAGUUGAAGCUGACCGCUUGUUUGACAUUUAUUGUUCUGAUGAAGAAUAUGCUACGGAAGUGCAAGAUGUGCUGACAGAAGUUGCAUUGAAGGUUGUUGAAAAGGGUUGCAGGUUGAAUGACACAAUUCUUAAUAGUAAAGGUGUGGAUCGAUAUGGAAUUAUUCUAUCCAGACACUUUGAAGCAAUGUGGAAAAAGAAAAGCUCAGAUGGAAGACAGUCCUUGCUGCAGUUCACUUUAUCCUGGCCUUCAUUUUUCCACUUUCUCAAUAUGUUCUAUCACCAGGAAAAGAAGUCCAAACUCCUCUCCAAAGACAGUGGGGGUUUGUUGAUAAGUGCAGCAGGACAAGUGUGGAAUGCAUAUGAGGAGCUACAGACUGGAGAAAUUACUGUCAACAAUUUUCAUCUCGUUCAAGAAAACCAGGAAAACUUCCUCAAAAUCAUAAAGAUCAUGAUUGAAAGGGAUCUGAAAGAUUGUGCCUUCAGUGAAAAUCUUACUGUCUCUUUGAUAGAAGUAAGAGAGAAAGAAAUCACCCAUUUUGAGAGUAUUUUGUGUGAUGUUGGAAUUUUCACAGAAAUGUGUCAGCAUUUUGAAGUGGACACCCUGGCAUAUGAUGAAGCUCUAUCAACAUUCAGAGAUUUGAAGGGACAUAAGAUUUCCAGUCUCUGUAAGCCUGCAACCUUAAAUAAAAUAGAAGAUGUUGAGUCCUAUGUGCCCCAGAUAUGUGCAUUCAGUGUAGAUGAGGAGGUUUUAGAAAUCAUUCCAAAAAUGCUGAAGUGCAGUAAAGGAACCCUCUUCAUGAAACUCUGGGAAAGGAGAGGUAGAAAAUGUGUGCAAGAUAAACAAGGAGUACCCUUGACAACAGAGGAAGUGAUCUCAAUGGUCUGGGAACCAGUUUACGAAAAUCUCCAGAACAUCACAAAGCAAAUAAGAGAUGGCACAAUGCUAUUCACGGUGUUCCAGAAACAUUUUGGGAAAAUGCAUGAUGACAAUUUAGUCAAGGAACUUCAACACUUAUCCCCAGAUGGUGAUAGAGAUUGGAUAGAGAAGAGAAUGGAGCAGAUUCGAGAACAUAGAACAGUCCAGCAGUGUGUUGAAGGAGCCAGUGUUAUCAUGAAUGUAGUGGAGACUUACAGAUUGGAGGGAAAUUUUGAUCAAGUGAAUUUGAUUGUUGAAUUGGCUAGAGGAAAGGAUAUUGCAAUGAACAAACUAGACAAGGAUUUGAUAAAGGCAACUGUGAGUUUGAAAGGAAUGACGAGGGAACAAGCACAUUGUUUGGGGGCAUUUAUGGAUUGUAAACCUCUGGUGGAAUGGAUUAGGGAGUCUAUGAAAUCUCUCCAAGAGUUGAAGGUGUUUGUUGACCUUGCCAGUAUCUCAGCUGGUGAAGGUGACAUGGAGGUCGCCAAGGUCAAAUGUCUUCAUGCUGCAACAACUGGAUAUGCUCCGUUGAUUUUCACCUUGGAUGAAAAAUGUGACUCAAAGAUGUUCCUAGAGAAAUGUGAACUUGUAUGGAAAGAGCUGGCCUCAGAUCCAAAAUUACCGGAAAAGUUGAUUGACACAAAGAGACAGUUGGAAUGGCUCAACAGUGUGAAAUCUGCCCAGGGUUCAGUGGAGGUGACAUCAAUGAGACAAGCAGAGGCCAUCAACUCUGUAGGAAUAUACAUGGUGGGAAAGAUUGAUGCAAAUCUACACAAGGAAAAACCUACAUUGGAGGAUGUACUACAGCUGCAUGUUCAGGAGGACAAUGAAGGUUCUAGGCUGAGGAAGAAAUACAAGUAUAAAGAGCUACAGGAACUCCAGAGUAAACUCAUGCUGGUGGCUGGCAAGGCAGAGAUGGGAAAAGAUGAUGUGGAAAGAUUUACUAGUGUUUUUGAUGCUGUUGUACGACUUUGCAAUGUGUACAUCAAACUUGUGUCCUCUGGUUGUGUGCUGUUCUCAAAUUGGCAGGCCAGAUUUCUUUGUGACCCUGAAAGGAGAGUGUGUGCCUUUGUCAAAUUUGGAAGUGGGGAGGGGUGCACCCAGUUAAAGGGAAGAAAAACUGAGGAGGAAGAUGUCAGCACUAUAAUUCCUAGACUUGCCAAAUUCAUGGAAAACUGUUUGGAAAAAUGGCUAAAAUAUAUUGACCAGAAAAGGGAUGAGUAUCACCACCUAAAUUUUUUCACUAUAGACCAAAUGGUGAUUUUGCAAAGGGAGCUGGUUUUAAUGGGAGGUGAGGUAGAACCAAAUGAUUUUAUUUACCCAUUGUUAUCAAUUGUCAAACAUGACUGUACAAAGAUGGAUUUGAUUGGUGCCCUGAAAAAGGCCAAAGGUGAUGUAUCCCAAAAAGAGGCUGAACAGGAAGUUGAAAUGACAGAAGAUGAGGUGGAAGACGCAGGUGAUUCAGAUGAUGAAAGCCAGACAAAGGCCAUUGCAAAAUUCAUUUCAGCCAUAAUGGAUUCUGGUUACUCUGAGAAGCUAGCCAGAGAAGCUUUGAGAAAGGGCAUGAUUGAUCCUGAAGAAAUUGAUGAAGGUAUAGUGUGGUGCAUGGAGCAUGAGGAUGAGGCAGAGAUGGAGGUAGAAGCUAGUGAGGAGCAGGUAGAAGUGGUUGUUGAGGACUACGAGGGCUGGACAAAAUCUGACAAGUCUAUCUCCACUAUGACCCAGAAUAUCCUGUCUGAUCUCCAGUACAACAAGGACACCGCAGCAGACACCCUUAUUCCAGACCUAGAACAGUUGUGGGAGGAAUUCUUAUCCUCCAUUUCUUCCAGUGUGUCAGACUAUCUCAGUGUGGAACAUCUGGGGAUCAUUCUCAGGAGACUCACAGAAACUGAAACAUUUUGUGUUCAACGCCCUUUCCUACCUUGCUUUGAGAGAGGUGUUCCAAAUCUGUUACUCUGUCCCCAAGAUGAGAUUUUAAAUACCGUGCUGACAAUAUACAGCCAUGAUCCGGACCAGCCUCUUCCUCAGUCGGAUGAGAUCCUGAUGUGUACUCCACACACCACUCUGGAUGAGGUGGAGAUAUUUUGGAGGAGAGCUGUACUAGACACAACAGACAGAAUCCAUUGUUUGGUCAAUGGUGACCUUCUGGAUUAUGAAGUCAGUGAUAAAGGGGAAAGAAGACUGGAACAUCACAUGCAGAAAGCUGUAGAACUCGAAAUUCCCUACAAACUAGUGGUAGUCUGUAGCACAGAGAGGGAGUAUCACUCCAGAAUUGUGGCAGCUUUGGACAAAUACAGACGCCCCCCUCUUCCUCUGAUGACACAUGACAACAUGACAAAAUAUAUCAAAGAUAAGCUGACGUUUGACAUCAGGAGACCAAGUGCUACCCCUGCAGCUGAAGCUGACUUUGAACACUGCACAGUCAGAGUGGUGAAAUCAUGGAGAGCUGGAGUUGGGAAGAGUUUACACAAGAAAAGAUUGGCUGAAAAACUCCAUGGUCUACACAGUGGAGUGAUCAGAAGCAAAAAGGCAGUGGUGUCUCUCCCGUUACACGAGAGGGAAAUCACCAUUGAUGACAUCAUGGGUGUUCUCCUGGAGAACACAUUGCAUCCUGGGAAAAUAGAACCAAGGCUGUUCCACAUUGAUCUUUCUCAUGAGGUCCAGGAUGGAGUGGACUACCUGUUGUUCCAGUUACUGAUCCUGGGCUGUCUGACCAACAGUACUGGACAUGUGUGGAGGAAGCUGCCCUAUGACCUUUACAUCGUGGAGACCAUGCCACUACUGGCCAGGGACUUUCAAGAACAGAGAGGCUAUAUAAAAUGCAUGCAUAGAUGCCUGGACAUUCUUCCUGAUGUGACCUGUCGAUCUCCUCAAGAAAGUCUGAAGAAAUACCAAGGAAAUGCUCCAGAUAUUGGACAGCAUGACUUACUGUUUGACCGGAAGGAGUUUGAGAGCAAUGUUUUCCAGAGGCCGUUCCAGUAUCUGUACAGACUGGACAUGAAUCGAGGCUUGGGGGACGUAAAUUUGAGGAGGACAGAGGGAAACCCCCAAACCUGUCUACAGACACUGCUCAAACACUGUGGUAUCAGAGAUCCCUCUUGGGCUGAGCUGCGUCAUUUUGUCUGGUUCCUUAACACUCAACUGGUGGACUUUGAGAACUCAGCCUUUGUGAGUCUGGCAGCUGCUGAGGAUCUACCGGGAUUUUCACAGUUUGUCCUAAGGUUCCUCAUCCAGAUGUCUAGGGACUUUGCGACCCGCUCCCUGAAUAUGAGUGAGGAGUCCCCCAUACAGAUGUUACAGAGGAUGGACACUGAGGAGGAGGAGGAGGAAAAUGAGGAGGAUGUGCUUCGUCAGUUUCAGCUCAGGAGGACGUGGGAGAGCAGUCCCCAUCCUUACUUGUUCUUUAAUCCUGAUCAUCAUUCCAUGACGUUCCUGGGAUUUAACAUAGAGAGACAGUCUGGUAACCUGAUAGAUGUACAGACAAACGCAGUGUUGGAAAGGGGAAUCAUGCAGAGAAAUCUACAGGAUGCCCUCAUCAGAAAUAGGGUCCCUAUCAAUGAAAACUUUGACAGUCUACCAAGAGAUCAGAAGUUGUUUAAGCUGUGCAGUGUGAUGGGUGUGGAAGAUGUAUUUGAUCCUGACCCGACCUAUGAACUUACAACAGACAAUGUCAAGAAGAUACUGGCCAUCUACAUGCGCUUUAGGUGUGACAUUCCUGUGAUAAUCAUGGGAGAGACAGGCUGUGGCAAGACCCGUCUUGUGAAAUUCAUGUGUCAGCUUCAGUGUCCUAUUGGGGUGGAGGUCCAGAAUAUGAUCCUUAUGAAGGUUCAUGGAGGCACACGUAGAAGUGAUAUCAUCAGGAAAGUGCUGGAUGCUCAGAGAAUAGCUCAGGAGAACACAGCUAAUUAUGGACAGAGACUGUAUACUGUGUUGUUCUUUGAUGAGGCCAACACCACAGAGGCUAUAGGUCUAAUCAAGGAGAUUAUGUGUGACCGCUCAAUGGAGGGGGAACCACUCAAACUCUGUCAGACACUGAAAAUUGUGGCUGCUUGUAACCCCUACAGAAAGCAUUCUGAGGACCUGAUCAAGAGACUAGAACAAGCUGGACUGGGUUACCAUGUGGAUGCUGAUAAAACAACAGACAGAAUGGGUCGAGUUCCCAUGAGGAGACUGGUAUACAGAGUGCAGCCCCUCCCCCAGAGCAUGCUACCCCUGGUCUGGGACUUUGGACAACUGGACACCAAUGUGGAGGAAAUGUACAUCAAACAGAUGGUUCUUAGAUAUAUUCGAGGAGGGAAACUGCCAAAUGAACCAAAUUUAGACACAACAGUCAGUCAUAUUCUUACAUCAGCUCAGGAAUUCAUGAGGAGACAACAGGAUGAGUGUAGUUUUGUCAGUCUGAGAGAUGUGGAGAGAGUCCUAGAGGUGAUGAGCUGGUUCUACAGACAGAGUCAGGGGGAGACAGAUCUGUUUGAUCUGAUGGAGGAGGAGGAGGCAGACUCAGAAGAAGAGGAGGAAGAAGAAAUGGAGGGCCAGGUGCUGGCUGAGCCUCAGCCUCAGACUGUCAAUGAUUUGACAAAGUCACUUGUUCUGGCUCUUGGAGUGUGCUACCAUGCUUGUUUGAAAAACAGAGAGGAUUUCAGAAAAGAAAUGGUCAAUGAGUUUAGACCUCCCUGUAUCCUUCCAAAAGGAGGUGGUGAAAGAGGGGCUGAACAAAUGUUGGAUAUUAUUACCAGAUGCCAAAAUGUUUUCUUGGAGAUUGAUAACUUGGGAGCCAACAUUGCCAAAAACCAGGCUCUGAGAGAGAAUGUGUUUAUGAUGGUGGUGUGUAUAGAGCUGAGAAUCCCUCUUUUCUUGGUGGGAAAACCUGGCAGUUCCAAAUCUUUGGCUAAAACCAUUGUAGCUGACGCCAUGCAGGGAAAUGCUGCUCACACAGAGAUCUACAGGAACUACAAACAGGUCCAGAUGGUGUCCUUCCAAUGCAGCCCUUUGUCUGUGCCAGAGGGAAUUGUGGGUACUUUCCGUCAGUGUGCCAUGUACCAGAAAGACAAAGAUCUCAAUAGAUUUGUCUCGGUUGUUGUACUGGACGAGGUGGGACUCGCUGAGGAUUCUCCCAGAAUGCCUCUGAAGACAUUGCAUCCUUUGCUGGAAGAUGGUUGUCAAGGUGAUGAACAACCAGAGGAACAUAAAAAAGUAGCCUUCAUUGGGAUUUCUAACUGGGCUCUGGAUCCUGCCAAAAUGAAUCGAGGGAUCCUUGUACAGAGGGAGGUUCCCGACCUUGAAGAGCUCAUAGAGAGUGCAGAAGGAAUAUGCUCAAGUAAGAAAAGAAUAAGCAAGAUGAUUACACCACUGAUCAAGCCCCUGGCAGAGUCCUAUCUACAAGUGUUUAAAUCUGUCAUCGCAAAGAGGGAGUUCUUUGGAUUAAGGGAUUUCUACAGUUUAAUAAAAAUGGUGUACAGUUUUGCUGAGAAGAACAACAAGAAGCCCACCUGGUUGAUGCUACAACACUGCAUCAAGAGAAACUUUGGGGGAUUUGAACACUCAACUAACCAAGAUCCCCUGGAUGUUUUCUCUCAGCUUCUUACAACUGUGGAAAAAAUUAAAAUUCCUUCACCAGGAGAUCCUGACUGUACACCUGCUGGUCUCAUUGAAGCUUGUCUUCAAGGUGACGGAGUAGACAGUGAUACACGGUACCUGCUAUUGCUAACAGAAAACUAUGGAGCUUUGACAGUUUUACAACAAAAGAUCCAGACUAUGAAGAAUGCCAUUACAAUAUUUGGUAGCAGUUUUCCUAGUGAUCAAGAGUACACACAGGUUUGCAGAAAUAUCAAUCGCAUAAAAGUCUGCAUGGAGACCGGAAACACGGUGGUCCUUCUUAACUUGGAGAAUCUUUAUGAGAGUCUGUAUGAUGCCCUUAAUCAGUAUUAUGUCUACUUUGGAGGAGAAAGAUAUGUAGAUCUUGGAUUGGGAACUCAUCGUGUCAAGUGUAGAGUUCACAAGAAUUUCAGGUUGAUAGUUGUAGCAGAGAAGGAGGUUGUGUACAGUAAGUUCCCCAUCCCUCUGAUCAACAGACUGGAGAAACAUUUCCUCAACAUUUCCACCAUGUUGUCCCCAGUCCAAGUCGGGCUGGCUCAGAAGUUAGAGAAGUGGGCAGAACAGUUUAUCAAGAUAGCAGUACCAAUGUUUAGGAACCCAAGAGAGAAGGCAUCAGAGUAUAAGAUAGGAGAUGUUUUUAUGGGAUUCCAUGCUGAUACUUGUGCUUCAAUAAUCCUUCAUGUCUGCCAGAGAUUCAGUGAUGAUGACUUAGAAGGCAUGGAACAAGAGGUGAUCCAAGCUGCUAAAGAAGUCUUGCUGUGGUGUGCCACUCCUGACGGUGUAUUGAGGACCAAAAAUAAACUUCCUCAACGGGAAUUUGAAUUUGUAGAGAACACUUACUGUGAAAAACAGAAGCAUGAUAAUUUACUGUAUUAUCUUGACCAGAAGAUUAGGAUGGAAGAUAGUGAUGGACUAUAUGCUCAGGUGACCACCAACUCAAAGCUGAUCACCACAGUAGAUGUAGCAGAGCUUUCUCAGUACCUCCACAUCCCUCACACACAGAUCACACUCCUCACUCUACAGUCAUUUGAUACAGAGCAGCAGUUCUGUAGACAAGUCAAACAAAGCUUUGAGAGAGACUUAGAUGCUGAGUCUCUGUUGAUUGUACAGUGUGACAGUGGAAACGAGAAUGCUAGCCUUGUGGCCUGUGCCCAGUAUUCUGUGUUAGAUCAGCUACAACAGCUGGAGGAGGAGAAGACAGGGAAGACACACAUUGUCUUCAUCAUCCAUCUCCCCAGGGUGGCAGGUGGAGGAUUCACUGGAUUCCAGUGUGGUCUAUGGCACUCUGUCCACAUAGAUGACCUUCGACCAGAUGAUGAUAAAAUGCCCAGUUUUCUGGACCUGAGGAAUAAGAGUGUGGGAACUUUACUAGAAAGAGCUGUUAGCUCCUCUAAACCCAGAGACACUGAAGAAAUGGACUGGGAGGGGAAGCUAGAUCAUGAUCAACAGGAAACUGAGGACAUAGAAAUGAAGGAUCAGGACGUGUAUCCACAUGACUUUGGCAGCAUGAUGGAGCGUACAGGACAAGUCCAUGUGGAGAAGAAGGUGGAUAUUCCGUUUUUCAUUAAACUUACAGCACAUCCUGCCCUGGCCAUGGUGAAAGAUCCAGCUGGGGACUCAGCAAGGACAACAGAAAGAGUGAAAAUUCUGUUAGCACUUCUACAUCAGGAAACAAAGGAAAAAGUGACAUUCAUGAAAGGAGUAGGGCGCCACCUAGCGGCUCUGAUGAAGGAGAAAGAGGAGACCAUGGGGCAGUCUGCUGAGAGUUGGUUGUAUUCAGAGGCCACCAACAGGGACUGUAUCAACAGGGCAGGAACAUUCAGAAAAGCUCGAAACCAGUGUAUCAUUGAGAAAUUGUCCCCCAUCUUGGCUGGCAUUAUUGCACAAGUGGACACCAACAGUAACCUUGACCUUUUGAUUAAGACUGACUCAGACACCUGGGAGCACAGACUUUGGCUGGAGAUCAUUAAUGACCCUUCAGCUACACAGAUUGAGUAUUCCAUGAUUGUGUCCCCCAAAAGACAACAGGAACUUCCAGAGGUGAUGGUGAGGGGGACGGGUUGUGAUGGACAGAAAUUUACAGCACAGAUGCCAUUCUCCUGGCUGAUCUACAAACUGAUUGACCGAACCAUGAGGACUUCACAAGAUAUUGAAAAACCUGAAACAAUUCAAGAAUUGGUCAAAAGGGUAGCAAAUGUCAUAGAGAACACACCUAUUGGAAAAGUGAUUCAAAAGUGUCUAAGUGAAGCCAAGGUGCUUGAAUUUGUGAAGCCAUAUCUCGGUGAUUUUGUUCAUAUGGUAUAUCAGGUAACCAGUGUGGAGGAACAUGGGCUUGUGUGUGAAAAUUUACUGAAUAGAAUGAAUAUGGACUUCAGAGAAGGACUGCAGAGUGUUGUGAUGAACUUUGUAGCAAUACAUGCUGUACACAAUAAAUCUGUACCUCGUCUGAGGAAUUUUGCCAGCAUUACACGAGUGUGGCCUGAGUGUAGUGCCAAAAUCAUUGAGUUCCAGCAGAAAAGUGCUCAAUUCUACUUAGUCACUGAUGAAGAACUGACCCUGGAUAUACUUGGCCUCUACCUGUUGUUGCAAUCAUUGGAGCCUGGGAAGGACUCACUAAAUGACUACAGGGGCAGACAAUACUGGCAGAAACAGGUGCUCAAGUACCGACCAGUGGUGGAGAGGAUUCUGGGACAGUUUGUACAGGAAGUGGAUCCAUCAGGAGUGGAGGAGUUUGGGAGACGGUGUAGGGAGGGAAUUAAGGAGGCCGGACACCAAUGGACCAAGGUUAUAGUCAUGAAGCUUUUUCUUCAGCAUGUCUGUGCUGAGGACACCACUAUACCAGUGGAGAGAUGCAAGACGCUAUGGGUGAUGCUCAAAGAUAAUGUAGACUUCAAGAACAUUGAAGCUUUGGAGAAGGUGGAGAAAUUCCUAAAAAUGUGCAUGAAAAAGGCAGUCACCACAGCAUUUGGGAGGCUGGAUAGUUGUAAAGCCUGUGAGAGUGAGAUCACAGAGAGACCUAUACAACUCCCCUGUAAGGAUGUCAUCUGUAUCAAGUGUUACAACGAUAUGAAGAUCUUAGGGGCCGGGGAAUGUCCUGUCUGUCAUGAUGAAAUUCCUGAUCACUUUAAUCCCCAUCAAGACAACACCAAAAACCUUAAGCUCCACCAAUUAAGGGUUUUCCAAAGACACUGUAACAGUUUCUUCAUGGAUCUGGUGUCCCAGCUGUGUUUCACUGAUGAUGAGCCACCGUCCAGUCACGUGGUUCAGAAGCUGAUGUCUUACAUCACGACCACAGCUAGACGAGGACAGGGAGGAAGAAUGGCCAGUAAAGAGUUGUCAGUGUUUGAGGAAGGCAUUGAUCCUACACCAGUCCUACGAUCCUUCCUCCUACAACAUCUUAUAAGGACCAGCUCUGGAGAAGUAAGCGAGUGUCUACAGAUUUAUCUGGAUCAAGUGGAGGAGCUGAUGUCCCUCAAAGAAAAUGAAGACAAAAUGAUAGAACUCUCUCUGUUGGUCAUUAAUUGUCUAGAGGACUCCCUGCAUCAAGAGGUUACCAAAAAUGCAGACCCUGAAAAAUCUAAAAUCAAGAUGGCUACCCAGAUGCUUCAGCACAAUGUCCACCUGGUGAUGAAGGAGGGUUUGGAUGUGGAGAAGUUGUAUUGUAUGGCUGAGACCAGGUUUGGCCUGAUUGUUGUGGCAGAGAUCCUCCACAAGUUGUUAGUGGAGAGGUCAAUAAAGGGGGGACAGAGUAUCAGAAGACUUUUAGAAGCUGCUGGUAGGCUGUGUGAUGAAUGCGGGUCAAAGCAGCCAAAGUUGUUCCUGAUCAAACAUCUCUGUCGAUGCUUUGGGUUGGAGACCUAUCAAAAAGUCUGCAAGACAAGUGAUGCUGCCACAGUUCGAUGGUUAAGUGUUCCAGAACUCCAGAAAAACGAGAUUGUUGAGUGCAGUGACAGGUUUAUUGUGUGUGGAGACCAGUACAAAGCACUGAGAGAGAAAUUGACCCAGGCAGCACUAGGACAGAACAUGGAGUUAUUCAACACUGCUAUAGAGAGUGUCAGGGUACCUGAUUUCCAGAAAAGAACACUGACUGUCCUGGCUAUUCUUAGGGAAAUAACCAUGUCUUAUUUGUACCCAGAAAACAAGAGAAGAGUUACUGCAGCUGCUAUUGAGCUAUUACACCAGUUUAUGGCACAACAUCCUCUGUUUGCAAAUCAGGUUAAUCUUCCUGAAGCACUCUGUAGAAAUGCUCUGUGGAGGAGAAACCCUCAUCUGACUGUUCAGGAGGGAAUGGAACUCGGACAUCAGAGUACGGUGUGUCUGUUGAACCACUUCUUUAUCACACUGUUACAAAUCCCUGAGGAGAGGACACUCAUAGAACCCCUCAACAAACUGGUUCAACAACCACAGGACAUGCAGAGAGCUUUUCUGCCCACCAUGCCACAGGAUGAUGUGGCAGAAAUCAAGGAGGCACUGCUGGCUGCCAGACAAGGAGGCGAUGAAAAUCCUGUUUUUUAUCGUUGCCCCAAUGGUCAUCCAUAUGUAAUUGGAAAUUGUGGUCGUCCGUAUUAUAAAGGUCGUUGUAAAGAUUGCGGAAUGGAGAUAGGAGGUGAAGGUCACAAACUUUUAGCCACCAAUCAGUUGCAUGAUGGGUUAGAUCAGACUGCCACUGGUCAUAUUUUGGGUCGAGCAGAGGGGAGACAACCCGUGGCCAGUCCUGAGAGAAGUCUGUCUCCCAUUGAGUGUGCCAUAGUCAGGCUCUUUACUCACAUGGCCAUGUACCUAGGAGCCAAUGUCAACUUACAAGCUAUACACAGCAUAAUAAAACCAGACUUGGAUCCAGCAGUAGUCCUGCCAUUCUUGUGGGCACACAUAGAGAGAGAUCUCGUCACUAUCCAGAAAGCCAUAGGAAAAAGCGUGGACGAUGUCUAUAUCCUGAUACAUAGAAUUUGUAAUGACAUCAUGGAGAAACACAGAAACACUCAUUUAAACCAAGAAAUAUGCAUCUUGGCAAAUAAAAACAGCAGGAAAAAAUGGGAAGAUGAUUUCACCAAGACUUAUCUAUCUCCAGUUCUUCAGGAAAUGGAUGGCUAUCUGAAAUCUGUGAAUAAACAGCUUGCUAAUGACCAGAGACUUGGUUCAGACCCUUUGCUGUGUUUGUUAUUUGAGAUGGACAUUCCCUCUGAACAUUCCUCACCGAGCACUCUUCACAAUGUUCAAGCUGUGUGGCGCUACCGAUCACAGAUAACCAUGGACCACCUACUACACACCUUACAAGUACAGAGCAGGGCUCAUCAAGUCCUCCACAUGUUUUUACAAGAGGAACACCACCUGAGAGCUAUUCGCCUGGUACCAAACAUCCUAAAGUUGCAGAGGAUGCUGAUACAGAGAUACCAGAGGAAGCUGGACAGAGCAGAGGCCACAACAAUAACAAUUGAGGACAUGAUACAGUCUUAUGAAAACGAGGGAAGAGCAGAAGAGAUAAAGAAUUUGGUAAGGGACUUCAUUGAGGCGUGGCAGUGUGUGCGAGAACAACUUAUAACGUUCACUUUUCCCACCCUGGAAGGACUAGGUAAGGUCCCUAAGGAGUACUGUCAGAAGCCGAUUACUGAGAGUCACCCCGUAUCUGUAUUGUUACCGACCUUCAGGGAUGCCGGACUCUGCUCCUAUGGCCUCCUGUACUUCUUACUGAAGAAACAAAAUAACUUCCUUCAGGAGUACUGCAAGAAAAAAAGAAUGCAGUACACUCAACUGCCCAAGGUUCAGGUGAAUGAUGUGACCUCAGCCCACCUCAUCAGCUAUCACCCAGACAGAGAUAUCCUCCCCAUGGUCAUGGCCAACUGUCAUUACACCUUUGAGGUCGGUAAAGGAACCAAGAUAGAUUACAACUUUGGUGACUUGGAGCGCCAGCUCAUGGACCGAUUCCUUUUCUCCAAGUCUGUCAUUGACAUGCCUGUUUAUGAGUUUGAGAUGAUGACAUACAGAUCAGAGACAACAAAUGCAGUGGUGUUUAGACAUCUCAGGCAGAAAAUCAAACAGGAACCUUUGACCCCAGCAGUAGCCAAUCAGAUUAGUGAAGAGAUUAGAGCUUACCCAGACCUCUGUCAAACUCUUGAUAAGCUUGACAUUACCAUCAGCUUCCUGAAAUCUGUAGGGGGUGAUGCUAACAUGUCCUUGGAGAAAUUUAUGACCCAGACUCUUAAAAUGGAAAAUCCUUUCCCCAGUCAAAAGGCAAGAUCUUCCUGUGUGUGUAAACAUGCUCAGUCACUCUGGAUUACAUUAGCAAUGGAGAAAACCAAGAGACAAGCAUCACACAAAGAGGAUGCCUUUGAGGGUGUGGCCAGUGAGUUGAGGGUGGACCUCCACCCUGACCAGCGGGACAUCAUCACCAUGUUCUGUGAGGAACUCUCCAUAGAGAGGCUAGAACUCCUGCUGGAGACCCUGUUUGAGUGUAUCAUGUUGACCAUCACAGUUCCCAAAGGAACAGAUGAUGAUGAUUUAGACAUGUCCAAACUGAGCCUAAGAGACACAAUGAUUGGAUAUUUGUCAGCACCUCAAUAUGACCUUGACCUGACCUACCCAGGAUGGAUGACUGACCUGGUGGGAAGAAUCCCCAAUGAAGGAGAAAACUUCACCAAAAUCAUGAACAACCAAGCUGUAGAUGUGUGGCUGUUUUUGUAUGCCAUCUACUCUCAAAAACAAAGUGAAAGGAGAUAAAAAGUGUAAAAGUGUAUGUUGUACGACAGAGUGAAAAAUAGAGGAAAAUAAACUUCUGGUUUUGGAUGUAACAUUUAUUUUAGAUAACAUGUAUACAUAUACAUGCAGAAAAGGUGACUUUCAGACAUGUUUAUCUUGAGUAUAAGACAUCAUUUAAAUGAUACCAUGCAUGCACAAUUUAAGUACUAAUGCAUAUCAAUUCAUUUCAUGAACAUUGCCAUAUUAAAGAAAAGCUUUGUUGUGAACACAAGUUUCUUUGUGAUAAUUAAAAAACACAUUUGUGCCAAUUAAUUUUUGUACCUGCAUUAGAAUCAUUUUAUAUGCUUUGACAAGUUUUCUCUGAUGACAUUUGAACAUAUUUUAUUGUAUAGAUAUGAUACAGUUUGAACACAGUUAUGUUCUAACGAAAUGUCUAUAGAAAAACUUUGAUAUACAAACUGGUUUUUAUACAUUAUA